AAUAGAAAUGAUUUGAUUUUCGUUAAGACACAGAUGAACGAGUGAAGUCAAAGUCAGUGAAUGAUUGAACCCUAAUCCCCCAAAUCAAUUUCUUAUACUCUCCGGCGACGGCGACGGCGACCACCGCGCGCGUCUAAGCUCCGGCGAGCUUCGUUCACUCCUUCGUCAUUUCAUCGUGUUAGGUUUUAAUUCUUGCAUCCAUGGAGACGGUCGACUGGUCUAAACUCCCAACAGACCUUCUCAAUCUGAUAUCACAACGAAUCGACGAUGAUGAACUCGAUCUCAUUCGCUUCCGAUCAGUUUGUUCAACAUGGCGCUCUUCCUCCGUCCCAAAUCAUCAUUACAUUUUACCCUACAAGUUCCCAGUCUUCAAAUUACCAUUCAUCUCUGAGCAAAACGACAAAAACCCUCCAUUCUGUCACCUCUCCAAACAAAAUAUCUUCCUCAUCAAACCACCACAGCAACAACAAGAACAACAAACCCUACUUCGCCCUUGGUUGAUAAGAGUUAGCCAAAACACGCGUGGCAAAACUCGAUUUUUCCACCCACUUUUCUGUGAUUCCCCUCUUCCUCGUAUCAAUCUCAUUCUCGAUUUCAGAAAAUUAUCUCUCCUCCAUUUGGGAAGCAACACUUUCACUAGGGACUUCGACACCUAUUCCCAACAUCAACCCUUCAAUAGUGACUACAUGUUCCCUGAAAAGGUCAUUGCUGUCACGUGCCAUGGAAAAAACCCUCUCAUUGUUGCCACAAUAUCCUCUCACCCAGAGCCGUUACUGUCGAAAUGCGGCAAUGAAAAAUGGAAGGUGAUCCCUGACAUGUCGAUGGAAUUCGGAGACAUAUGCCUUUUUAAAGGGCGUGCUUAUGCGGUUGACAAAAUUGGCAAGACAAUUAUGGUUGGAUCAGACUCAAAUGUCCAUUUAGUGGCUGAACCUUUGGAUGGUGGUGAGAACAAGAAAUUAUUAGUGGAGAGCGAUGGGGAUUUGUUGUUAGCAUGCGUUCAUGCGUUUCCUGUAAUAAGUGUUGAUUUGUUUAAGCUUAAUGAGAAGGAGAAGAAGUGGGUGAAGUUAACGAGUUUAGGGGAUAAAGUUUUGUUCUUGGGGAUAAAAUGUUCGUUUUCUGCUUCUUUUUCAGAUUUGUAUGUUGCCAAAGGGAAUUGUGUGAUCAUUAGUGCUGAUAUCUUUAGAAGACUUAGUCGACUUGGGUCACAGGCGAGCUAUGUUUUGGACUUGGAUCAAGGUUGGCUUCCGCUUUUGUGCGAUUCUCCUGAAUAUUCCAACUUGUUUUGGCCACCUCCAAAGUGGAUCUAAGUUCGUUACCAAAUUACAUGUUCAGCAGCACCAAACUCCUAAUUGCAUAUUCAUGUGAAACGAUGUCUUGAAAAUGAGGCGAAACUUGGGUUGCAGGAUAAGCGUUUUGGUGGAUUCUUCAAGUCUUCUCUUGUAAGCAAGUUGUGAUUAUUCAUGGCUUGUUAUGUUUUCUUUGAAGUAGACCACUUGCAUUAUUAUGAAAAUCUUUGUAUCAAAUGACUUAAAAACUGUGUGACUUCCUCAACGGUUGUGGAAUAUAGGCUAUCUACUUAAAAGGCCAUUAUAAACUUGGAUGUCCUGCUUCUGUUUACAAAACCUUCUGUUUUUAAUUAAUUGGUAUAAGUAUUUUUUUUUGGAUAUAAAUAA